ACAAAUUAGGUUUUUUUUUUUUCUUUCAGGAAGAGAGAGAGUGAGAGAUGGUGAGGGGGAAAGUGCAGAUGAAGAGGAUAGAAAAUGUAACGAACAGACAGGUGACCUUUACAAAGCGGCGAAACGGCAUACUUAAGAAGGCUUAUGAACUUUCCGUUCUCUGUGAUGCCGAUAUCGCUCUUAUAAUCUUCUCCCAGAAAGGGAAACUCUACGACUUCUCAAGCUCCAAUAUAGAGAAGACGAUAAAGAAAUACAAGGAAUACAGGAAGGAUCAGAAGCAUGAUGAAACCAACAGACCCAACAUGGAUCACCACCAUAUUCAGCUUCUGAAAUCUGAAUCAGCACGAAUGGCUGGAAUGAUCCAGUUUCUGGAAUCCUCUCAACGGAAAUUUCUGGGACAAAGUAUUGAUUCAUGUUCGCUUGACGAAUUGAAAGAAAUGGAUACCCAAGUGAACCGAAGCUUACAGAACAUUCGUACAAGAAAGGAACAGCUGUUCAAAGAGCAGGUAGAGCAGCUAAAGAAAAAGGAGAGGGAAUUGCUGGAAGAAAAUGCAAGAUUAUGUCUAAAGUGUGGGGAGAAGCCAUCGGAGAAAAUAGAGAAGGAAGCAACAGCAAGUGAUCAUGACAUGAGUGGCCAAACUUCAGAGGUCAUGACUGAACUCUGCCUCCUCACUCGUGCCUCAUCACCCUAA